AUCCCUCUCUUUCACUCUGCAGUGCAUUUAUAUUCUACUGCUCUUCCUAUCUUGUGCCAGUCCCUUCGAUGCCCGCCCUCCCCUUCUAAGCCAUUCAACUGGAACAUUGCAGGAUUAUCUUUCCAUCAUUGAGAAACACUAGCUUGUUCAGGCUGGGUCUGGGCAAGACGGCCCAAAAACACAGAGAUUCCAAAGUUCAAGAGUUCCAUUGUAUUCCCCGCUGAUGCAUUCAAACAGAAGCCCGAUCUGGACUACAAAAUAACAUUUGAAGAGGGAGUAGCCCUGCCUGGUUCCCACAAGAACUGGUGGAAUAUAUUUUUCUCUUUGAUUGUGUCCUUUAAUCUGCUCUCAUGGGUGCAAAUAGGUGCAUGCGGAACCCAGCUCUGCUGCAGACACGUUUAGAGUUUAGUCUGCUUUGCCACAACCAGAAAAAUGUCAGGGUCCUACGAUGAAUCUGCUGCCGCUGCUGCUUCUGACGACGCCAUGGACAGCUUUUGGGAGGUGGGGAACUACAAGCGUGCCGUCAAGCGGAUUGACGAUGGCCAUCGGCUCUGCAACGACCUCAUGGGCUGCCUUCAGGAACGUGCCAAGAUUGAGAAGGCCUAUGGUGACCAGCUGACUGCCUGGUCGAAGAGAUGGAGACAGCUGAUUGAGAAAGGACCACAGUAUGGCACUGUGGAGAGGGCGUGGCUUGGUGUGAUGACUGAGGCUGAAAAGGUGAGCGAGCUGCAUCAGGAGGUAAAGAACGGCUUGCUCAAUGAAGACCUGGAGAAGGUCAAGAACUGGCAGAAGGAGGCCUACCAUAAGCAAAUGAUCGGUGGCUUCAAGGAGGCCAAAGAGGCUGACGAGGGCUUCAAGAAAGCCCAGAAACCAUGGGCUAAGAAGCUGAAAGAGAUGGAGACUGCCAAGAAAACAUACCACAUGGCGUGUAAGGAGGAGAAACUGGCUGCCACACGAGAGGCUGAUGGGAAGACACAGGCUUCUGUCACAACUGACCAGCAAAAGAAACUCCACGAGAAAACAGACAAGUGCAAACACGACGUGCAGAAGGCCAAGGAGAAGUAUGAGAAGUCUCUGCUGGAGCUAAGCAGUGUCACACCGUCGUACCAGGAGAGCAUGGAGCAGGUGUUCGACCAGUGUCAGCAGCACGAGGUCAAGAGACUCACCUUCCUCAAGGAGAUCCUGCUGGACAUCAAACGCCAUCUCAAUCUUACUGAGAACCAAAGCUAUGGUUCAGUAUACAGAGAACUGGAGCGCACCAUCCUGGGAGCCAACACUCAGGAGGAUCUGCAGUGGUUCAGCAACCACCAUGGCCCUGGCAUGCACAUGAACUGGCCCACAUUUGAGGAGUACAACCCAGACGCUACGGCUGCUGUAGUUAAGAGGGAGAAAGUAAAGAAGCCAGACGGGGCCCCACCGACCCCCAGCACCGAACAUGUAGCGCCUCCUGGAGACCGUGGCAGUGUGAGUAGCUAUGAAAGGAACCAGGCCUACAACACCGAGUGGUCCGAUGAUGAGGCGCCUGCAGCGUACUCCGGUGGUGAGACCAACGGCGCUGGGAAUGGGAACUCCUUCGAGGAAGACUCUGGCAGCGCUGGGAAAGGGGGUGCUGGGACCGGGACGGCGUCCGGGGUACGAGUUCGGGCUCUGUAUGACUAUGACGGACAGGAACAGGACGAGCUCACCUUUAAAGCUGGUGACGAAUUGACCAAGACUGAGGAUGAAGAUGACCAGGGCUGGUGUAGAGGUCGCCUGGAUACAGGCCGGGAGGGACUGUACCCGGCCAAUUACGUUGAGGAGAUCUAAUGGCCCCGGAGGUGGAGAACAUUCCACUGGAGGCAACUCGUACUGUCCCAAACAAUCGCACUGCACAUAGCCAGAGACUUACGAGCAACACACCCCUUGCCCAACAGAUGCGCCAAGUAGAGGCUUGCCUAAAUAAAAUCUUAGUGACAUAAGAGAAGACAAUAUAUCUACAUUAUAUUUAUCCAGUAUUUAGGAUGGGGAGUACUUCUACACUAAAACAGGAGCGGCAUUUAUUCCAGUGUACACAAAGUCAAACAUACUGUAACAUUGAGCCAAUGCAGGGACACAUUUUGCCUGUCUUUUCAGCUGUGUUCGCUGUAAAGAUCAUGCAGGUGAUUCAACGUCUUAGCAGUAUAUUCUCCUAUAACAGUGUGACGAUAAUGUAACCAAGUGUAUCCACCUACCCAUUUAACCAGAACAAGCUACUCAGACUGCAUUGUGUGUAUGAAGUCAUUUUGUGUAGCUUUUUCAAUGCUGUGUGUGUUUAGUCCUCAUCUUUACAUUGGGAAUGCUGUGUAGUUAUAAGUACCACAAAAUGUAUCCUUGGUUUGAUUGUUUUACUUUUCGUGAUUUGGUCUUAUUUUUUACUAGUGUGUGCAGUGCUCCAGUAUGUGUUUAUCUCUGUUUCUCUGUUGGUUUGUCAUAGCAGCAUGUGCUAUGUGACAUGCAUUCCCUAACCUCCAAGCCAUAUUAAGGCAACAAGAUGCAACAAAUCCCCUCAUCUGAAAACCAAUGUAGAGGAUCAGAAUUCAACAUCAGCCACAGCAUUGGAAUUCCACCACCACAAGCUAUUGUGAGGUGUCUGUCUUCACAGCCAGAGGUGGAGUUGGUGGAUAACACUUGUCUCCUUCCCAUCACCCCCUAAAAUCACAACAUCUCAUUUUCAUUACUUACAAAAGAACAGAAUCUAGAAUAGCUGUUCAUUUUGAUUCAUCGCUGGGUAUUAAAUUAAAUACCUGUGAACUUCAGCAUUUUUAGGGUCAGUAGGCAAAGUAUUAUCACCGGCUUGUUGUUUCUAAUCUGUUGUCGCUUAGAAAGAUUGGAUUUUUCAAGUGAUAUAAUCAGGCCUAUUAAAUGUGGAUUUCAUUUUCCUGCUGGAGUGGGAUACAGGAAAUGGGAAAAAGGAUUUUGAACUAAAGUAUGUUAAUAGUUGACACUUAUCUCAUGCCAAGAUAGGGACAUCAGUUUUUAUGGUACCAUGCUGCAGAUCCUGGUCUUAAAAUGCAAACAUGGAUGUGAAUGUACCACUGUUGGUCCCUGGAAGGAGACAUGCUGUAUUUAACUCAGCAUGUUGUAUUCCGCUGUCAUUGAGAACCAUACAAGACAAAAAAGCAGUUACAAACCCAUUCACCUACUGAGCCAAAGAAUGACCGAAAUCCAAAAUGCAUAAAAGUCUCUCCUCCAUGCAAAUACUCAUAUCGCAUAACCCUGUCCGGGGUUGUUCUUGUCAAGAUGCAAACGCUUCCUAUCCUCUCAGUCUUUCUUUAUUCAUUUAAUAGGCGAUCCACAGGGAUGAAGACAAGAGCAAACCACAGAAUGUCAGAAGUCAUGUCUUUGUCGUCAGUAAUUUAUUCUAAUUUAGAUUCAUUCUGGUAGUCUACUUCACACACGGACACCUAUCUCAGCCUCUGGUUAAAUACAUAUGAACACAGGAAACACUUCAGUACUUUCUCAGAAUCCUAGCUAAUCAGAUGUUAUCUGAUGAAAAUAUUGUUGCCAUUACACUAACCAAAUAACAAUCGCCGUGAUGUUGUGGAAGCAGGUGCCAUGGACAUGAGGUUUGGUCUCCUCAAGUUUUAUGUCAGAAUAUUUUAUGGCGGCAACAUGUGUUUAAUUUAUGACUUCAGCUGAGAUUCCACUAGGUCUUGGUGUCAUGGUUAACAGAACACAUCACCAGCUCACAAAUUAUUUGUUAGUGUAAGCUGUUCAACUAAGCCAAAACAAGUAAUACCAUGGAAAUAUCUUAUAAACACACACACUAAAAAACACAAAGACAAAAAUCUCGGGUAGAUAUUGUGGGGACAAAUGUUUUUAUCAUCCAGCGUAUGAGUUGUGUAAUAGAAAAAUAAAAAUAAAAAAAUGCAAGUGAUUGAAUACUAAGACAAAAUGUAGUGUCAUACAUGUAAAUGUGUUACAACAAAAUACAGCAAUGGAAAAACAUUAAGUGAUAGGUACCAUAUCAUAUGAAUUUUAUUGCAAUGAAAUUGUCAAUGUACCAUAUAAGAGCGUGAAGUUACCCCACGCUGUCAGAUUUGUAUAUGAUUAUGUAAUUUAAAGAUUAUAUUAUAUUGUAACUGUACAACUGUGUUGAGUUGGAAAUGAAACCUAACUACGUUGAGGCAGUAAAAAAGGUGUAUGUAAAUGCUUUUUUAUGUUGAUUAUUCUCUUCCUUAUGCACACAAGGGGGCAGCGGCUCAUGUCGUGAGAACCCUUGAUUAGCAGUGUAGAAGAUGUAUGUAUGUUUAUAGUUAGUGAUGUCAUUUUAUCUCCUAACUGGUGUAGUGCCUGUUCAUCUUAAUGUAACAAAAUGUUCAUUUAAAUAUGCAUAAAGAUGAUUAUGAUUAUGAUCAUGGUAGUAAUGAAAAUUCUGAAUCAAAGUUGUUGUGGUGGUUUCAGUAUUGCAAUAUUGGUUUGAAAGGGGAAAACAAGCUUGUUGAGAAUACAAACAAAACAUUUUGUGUCAUG